GGUGGCGGUUACGAAAUCAAACAGUUAUUUAAAAAAAAUAAACAACCAGGCCUAUUUAUUUAUAUAGAUCAGUGAAUUGAAAGUAAAGGCUCAAGAAAGAGUGGCAGCAGGCUAGGUUAGAACAGUAACAACAGUCUUUAAAAAGUAAUUAAUAAUUCAACGAUAUAAGAAACAGACCAUACCGGUAAUGAAUGUUGUGUAACUUGAAAUCAUAGAUCUCAAAAUGUUAACCAGAUUCACCACAUUUCCAAGAAUGGCAUAUCAGCAUUUUAAUAGUUUGACAUAUCUUCAAUCGGCAGCAAAAUGUUCAAAAAUGGCAAUGAAUACCAAAAUUACAAAACCAUGCAUUACAUUUGCAUUUGCUGAAAAGAGAUUUCUUCAGUUUUCUUCAUCUAUGCAUUUGAAUUGUACCAGGAAUUUUCACAGACCUGAAGAUGAAUAUGAUAAUCAGCCUGCACCAGCAAAAACCAUCCAAAAAAUUAAACCUCAUUCAGCAAUGGGAGUACGUUUAGCCAAUGAGAAUGGUUAUCUGUCAUGGUGUAGAAAUGCAUAUUUAAGUUGUAGUGUAGCAGUGAUGAUGACACAUCUUGGUAAUGGUAAUUUACUUCUACAUUAUGCUGCAUCAGGUGCCUUGGUAGUUAGUUUGUUAAAUCUUGUAACAGGAACUACUGGUUAUAUAGUACAGUUAUUGGCUCUAAAACACUCAGUUGGAAUGUCCAUGUUUUCAACAUUACUAAAUAUAUCAUUUGCUGUUAUUCACCUUUGUGCCUGGUUGAUUGUGAUCUUUUUGUUUCUUGCUUAUCCAGAAAAUGAAUUAGUGGUCAUUGAACUAGAGAAAAAAGACAAUGUCAGUGAUGAUUGAUUAUAAUAGAAACUAAGCCUUCUAGUAUUUCAGCAUUUUCUGUGAUAUAAAUAAUUACCACUUUCAUUUAAGAAAAUCAAAAUUGUGAUUUCAAACUAUUUAAAAAAUAAAUUUGACAUAGAAAUAUACAUGACAAAAAUCUGAAUUUUUUUCGGAAUUGUUUCCUAUGAUGUGAUUUGUUAAAACUUCAAAACUAAAUUGUUUCUGUUCACCUACCUCUAAGGAGUUUAAUAUAUUAAUACUAAUAUGAUGUUACUUAUUCAUUAAUUUUUAUCACCAAGUAAUAAAUCAUUCAUCAAUCCUC